AUGGAAGCAAUUUUGUAUUUAUCAUUAGUAACAGUUAUUUCAUAUAAUAUUAUAGCUGCGGAAAAUUAUAAAAAUACUGACAAUGAGUUCUCAAACGAGACAGUCCACAGAGCUUACCAAACGGGUGUCGACUUCGGAAUAAUAAACACAGAAAAAUAUCCCUUCCUUACAUUCCAAAGCGACGAGAGAAAUAUCUUCAGAGGUCUGUUCAGGGAAUAUACUUCAUUAAAUGCCAGUGAGCCUAUUAAUUACGAGGAGUGGCUCAUUAUGAACAACUUUGGCAUCCUACCCGAUACACAGGAGUCUUUGUUUGAAAAGAAAAUAGCAAAGCGAAGCACCGCUGAUAACAAACGCCGCUUUGUCAAUACUGUCAGAAAAGGGGACAUACUAAUAACUGGAAGAGGUGUCGGUGGGUUGAUAGGUCACGCGGCUAUUAUGACAACAGACUAUUGGGUACUCGAAAUGCCUGGUGGUACAGGUUGGCAGAAUGGUAUAAAGAAUAAUAAUAGGCAGUUAAGUAAGCAUGCGUGGUUCGAUGUACACAGGUCGGAUUGGACCACCAUAUAUCGCAACAGAGAUGCUAGUGUCGCCCACGCCGCUGCACUUUGGGCGGAUCACAACUAUUAUAAUCCCAGAGGCGGUGCCAAGAAAACUAUACAUGUAACUUAUAAAAUAACCACAGAUAUAAAAUCAAAGAAUCCGAGUUACUGUUCCAAACUAGUUAUCCAGGCGUAUUAUUUUGGAACCGGGAAUAAAAAAGUUAUUUCAAAUUUGUCAGUCAGCGGUAGAGUUAUCGUCCCAACAAAUAUUCCUAUAUACUUCAUGCAUCCAUAUACAUUAGUAAAUAAGGGAAAAUAUUAG